AUGCUUCGCAACCACCUCCCCCGCCUCCACCACACUUUCCGCGGCUACGCGACGGCGUCGACCAAGGGCAGCGAGAUUCAAUCGCGGAUUUCGGCCAAGCGCCAAGCAUCGCUGCUGGGCGGCGGGCUUAAGCGCAUUUCGGCGCAGCAUGCCAAGGGCAAGCUGACAGCGCGCGAGCGCAUCGAGCUUCUGGUGGACCCUGGGACGUUCCGCGAGUACGACGCAUUCGUCGAGCACCAAUGCCACGACUUUGGCAUGGCGAGCCAGACACUGACCGGCGAUGGAGUGGUGACUGGCGUGGGCAAAGUAAACGGCCGCACGACCUUUCUGUUCUCGCAGGAUUUCACGGCAUUCGGCGGCUCCCUGAGCAAGACGUUUGCGCAGAAGGUGUGCAAGAUUAUGGACCGCGCAAUGCAGGCCGGAGCGCCGGUCAUCGGGCUAAACGACUCGGGCGGUGCGCGCAUCCAAGAGGGAGUCGACUCGCUGGCUGGCUACGCGGAGAUCUUCCAGCGGAACGUGCUGGCGUCGGGCGUGGUGCCGCAGAUCUCGCUGAUCAUGGGCCCGUGUGCCGGCGGUGCUGUGUAUUCGCCGGCAUUGACGGAUUUCACGUUUAUGGUGAAGGACACGUCGUACUUGUUUGCGGUGACGAACGAGACGGUGACGCAGGAGGAGCUGGGCGGGUCGUCUGUGCACGCAAGGAAGUCAGGCGUCGCCCACGGGGCAUUCGACAACGACGUGGUGGCGUUGGCGCAGAUGCGCGAGCUGCUGUCGUUUCUGCCGCAGUCUAAUCGCGAAAAGGCCCUCGAUCGGUUCUCUGCCGAUCCCGUCGACCGCGCCGACCCUGCCCUGGACACCCUGGUGCCUAGCGACUCGACCAAGGCCUACGAUAUCACCGAUGUGGUGAAGCGCGUCGUUGACGAUGCGCGGUUCUUUGAGAUCAUGCCCGAGUUCGCCAAGAACAUCGUCGUCGGAUUUGCCCGCGUCGGCGGCCAGUCGGUCGGCAUCGUCGGCAACCAGCCGCUGGCUGCCCGGUUCGUGCGCUUCUGCGAUGCCUUCAAUAUCCCACUGGUGACGUUCGUCGAUGUGCCCGGGUUCCUGCCCGGAACGCAGCAGGAGCACAAUGGCAUUAUCAGGGAGGGAGCCAAGCUCCUGUAUGCCUACGCCGAGGCCACUGUGCCCAAGAUCGCCGUGACCACCCGCAAGGCCUACGGCGGUGCCCAGUGCGUCAUGAGCUCAAAGCAGCUGCGCGGCGACGUCAACCUGGCCUGGCCUACGGCCGAGCUGGCCGUCAUGGGUGCCAAGGGUGCUGUCGAGAUUCUCUGGCGCAAGGACCUGGAGGGCCGCGCCAAGGCCGAGGAAGAGUACAACAGGCUGUUCGCCAACCCUCUGCCGGCCGCCCAGCGCGGAUACCUGGACGACAUCAUCCAGCCCAGGGACACUAGGCGGAGGAUCAUCGAGGAGCUGGAGAUUCUGCGCUCCAAGCAGCUGGUGAAUCCAGCCAAGAAGCACGACAACAUGCCGCUCUAA